AUGAAUAAGAAUUCAAAUUCACAACCCAAGUCAAACGAGCAAGAAAUCGGAGAUUCAACAUUUGAAGCCUUUAAUGGAACAUUUUCCUCAACACAAUUCUCUAAUGAUAAUCUUGUUGAAGAUCCCAGUUUUGAUGACUUGGCCAAAGAUGAGUUUAUGGAAUGUGACGACAUUUCGCCACCAAGAAAGACACCUUUUUUAAACGAUACAAAAUCGCAAGGCACAUUAGACGCAUCCCUCACUGAAUUAGUCGACCAACAACCUGAUCAUAAAGAAACAAAGGAACUGAAAUUUGGAGAUUAUGAAACCUAUUUCUAUCACAAGAAAUUAAAGCAGCAGGAGAAAGAUGAUCAGUAUGUACAGUGGCGCACAAAGAAUUCAAACCAGUUUCCUCCCAUUUUUUCUAAUUGUGUGAUCUAUGUUAACGGAAGGACAGAUCCAGAUAUAACCCAGCUCCAUAGAAUGAUUAUUUUGCAUGGAGGAGUAUUCUUGAAUUAUCUUGGUGCUAAGUCUAAUGCCACUCAUGUGAUUGCCUCCAACAUUACUCCAAGAAAGAUAAUAGAGUUCAAAAACUUCAAAGUAAUUAAACCAGAAUGGAUUACUGAUAGUAUAAAGGAGAAGAAGAUUCUGGAUUGGACCAAAUACACUCUAUUCAGUCCACAGUAUGAUCAAAAGGUUUUGGAAUCAGAUCGUGAAUUGAAGGAAAAAAGCCUACCACUCAAUAGACCGAUUGAUGCUACACAUCCAGAGUUUUUAAAAUUUUUCUUUGAGAACUCCAGAUUACAUCAUUUGUCCACUUGGAAAGCAGAUUUGAGGGAAAAAUUUCAGCAAGAAGCUUUGAGAGCUAGUAAAGUAUCUCAAACACUCAGAACGAAGCCAAAGAUAAUUAUGCAUAUCGAUUUUGACUGCUUCUUUGCGGCAGUCUCGGCUUUAUCUCAUCCCGAUAUUGAUUUUGCAAAUGAACCUAUUGCUGUAAGUCACGGUGGAAAGGGCUCUUCUGAUGUAUCCAGUUGCAAUUAUGCUGCUAGAAAGUUUGGUGUUUCUAAUGGAAUGUGGGUUAACAGAGCUCUAGAACUUUGCCCGGAGCUUAAGAUUCUAGACUAUGACUUCAAAUUAUAUGAGGAGAAGUCAAAAAUUUUUUAUGAAGAGCUGACUAGGAUAGAACCGGAUUGUAUUUUUCCCGUUUCUGUAGACGAAGCCUUGAUUGGGCUAUCAUCAAUCGAUGACGAAGAAUCUACGUUACUGAAUAUAUGUGAAAAACUUAGGAACAAAAUUUACGUGUUAACUGGCUGUACAGUUAGUAUUGGUGCUUCCUAUAACGUUUUACUUGCCAAACUCUGCCUUCGAAAGGCUAAACCAAAUGGAAUUUUUUUCUUCUUCCAGCCUAAUAAUGUUGGAAAUUUUCUUAAAAAUAUUCCAGUGAAACAGCUACCUGGUAUUGGACGCAAAAUAGAGGAUAGGCUUUCAAAUCAUCUAAACAAAGGUUCUAAAGAAACUGUAACUAUUUCUAAUUUGAGUUCGGUAUCUAGAGACACAAUGGUCAAGUUUUUUGGUAUUAAAACUGGCACGAAGUUGUUUGGCUACUGUCAAGGUUUAGAUGAUACUGAUAUUGACAUCUCUAAAAAUCCUUCCAAGUUCAUACGGAAAAGUAUUUCUAUCGAUGUAAAUUGGGGAAUAAGAUUUGAAAAGCAGACUCAGGUUGAUGAGUUUUUAAGUCGGGUAGCUGACCAUAUUUGUCAAAGACUACUCAGAUUAGGAUUUGUGGGCGCUCGGUUAAUGCUCAAACUUGCAAGGAGAACGAAGGGAGCUCCAAUAGAUCCUCCAAAAUACCUUGGAAUGGGCCUAUGUGACUUUUUAUCAAAAAGUACCAACUUAGGAGCACCAACAAGAGAGGUUGGUCUAAUAGCCACAGAGUUGAAAUCAUUAUACCGCAUAAUUGGGGUUGCAAUUGCUGAUCUCAGAGGUGUUUCUGUGACCAUUAGUGAACUGCAAAAGUGUGAUAGUGACGCAACUUCAGCUGUGGACCAAAAGCAAUUACAAUUCGAAGCCAAAAAGCCUAAAGAAAAAAAAGUGCAAGGCAUCGAACAGAAUGUACUCAAAGGUGGUUCUGUUUUCCCUCACUACUCUCCAGCAAAAGAAACUUUACAAAAACUUCUGCAGAAGCAUCUUGUAGAUCUUGACGCCUUCAAAGCUUUGCCUAACGAGUUUCAGCAAGAAAUUAAACUUGAACUAGAGAGACGUAGUGUUGAGCAGUUAUUUGAGAAAAGUCCAAAAAAGAAUCGCAAUCGCAAUUGUCUACUUCAAAAUAGAUCUCUCAAAAAGAUUGGUAAAGUGCGGCCAGAAACCCAGAACAAGAGGAUUGAUCUAAUUAGUAACCAAAGAACAUUAAACAAACUAACGUUGAAUAUUCCAAUUGAAAAUUUAGGGGAUUCUGUAAUUCACCAGAAGACUGAACUAAGUGGUUUAACUAUGGAGGGACAGAAAACCCUUGUGAACUCCUACUGGGCUUCCGAGAAAACGAAGACGUUCAACAAGCACUACAAUUUAGGCAUUCAGACAUUCUAUGAGUUCGAAGAUUGGAAAAAUCUCUUGAAAGAUUGGGUUCGGUUCAGUUUUGAAAAUGAAAACGAGAAGCCAAUCGGUAUUCAUGAGAAUGACCUAGAUGUCUUUUACGGUUUCAUUCACAAAUUAAUCCUGAAUGAAAAGAUUUAUGAAGUGUUGUCACUAGCAGAUAUCAUAACCUGUAGUUUAAACUCAAGCGAGUUAGUUGACAAUGAUACUAACAAUGAGAGUGAUUGGCGAAAGAUUAGAGGAGAGCUAUUAAAUAUGCUCAAAACCAACCUAGUCCAAAAGGGCGCAUGUAUUGACACUACUUAA